GAUAACGGAAGUCUAUUCAAACACUCCAACACAGCUGCAGACUGCCACUCGAUCCAAAACAAAUACAAAAUAUCGCAUCGUAUGUCACGAGGGAACGCACUUUGCAACACACACUUAAACGCAAAGUCUCCGAUUUAAUUUCAUCUACUAACCUUACGUUUUUAACGCCUCGCACCGCGCGUGCGCAUUGGCCCGAGCCUGCGCUGUUUUCUGUUGGAGGAAGUUGAAGGAAAAAAAAAAACAAAUAUCGGCAUUUGCUGCUUUAGCGCGGUGCAAACGUGCAGUCACAGCGACAAAAGCAGGACAACUCACGGACGCGCACGAAUGCACGUUUUUUUUUUGCAAUCCACGCGAGACGUCUUCCACUCCACGGCAGAAGCUGCAAAUCCCGCCGCUGUGGUUUCUGAAUGAGCGUCUCCUCCUUCUGCCAAGUCCACGUAUUGAAAUGAUCUGCUUUUGUGAUGGCGAAGGGGCUUUUUCCACGGACCUGGGUGAAGAAGUCCUUCUAUUUCCAGGCCCGCAUCUCCUUUGUUAGGGUGAAGUACCUGUUCCUCACCUGGCUGACGGUGCUGGUGGGAAGCUGGGUGCUCUACGUGCAGUACUCGGCCUACACGGAGCUGUGCAGAGGACACCAGUGCAGAACUGCCAUUUGUGACAAGUACAAGAAGGGCAUCAUCGACGGGCCGGCCUGCAGCAGCCUGUGCGACAAGGAGACCUUCUACUUGAGCAGGUGUCUCUCCAGCCUCCCCAGCCAGCAGGUGUACGCUGGAAGCUGGGGAGACCGCCAAGGAAUCAUCCGCUGCCAUGUGGGCGGAGUGGGGCCCGACGAGAUGGGCGAGGAGCCGGAGCCCCGCAAGGAGGCCCCCGUGUUCGAUACCCCCACCAGAGGCACGUCGGUGGAGAAGUUCAGAGAGAUGGUCUUUAAUCACCUCAAGUCCAAACUAGGAGAGCAGAACAACCUGGUGGGUCUGGUCAGUGUGAUCCUGUCGGUCGCCGACGGCAACAGAGAUGGAAAAGUGUCGCUGCCAGAAGCCCGCUCCAUGUGGGCCCUCCUGCACAUGGACCAGGUGCUUCUUGGCCUUGUGCUUCAGGAACGUGGACACACUCCUCGUCUUCUGGGCUACUGCGGCGACCUCUACAUGACUGAACGCGUCCCACACAGCCCCCUGUACGGCUUCUCUUGGCCGCUGGCGUCCUGGAUGCCCGCCGGCCUGCAGCGUACCAUGGACCAGUGGUUCACCCCAUCGUGGCCCCGCAAAGCCAAGAUCUCCAUGGGCCUGUUAGAGCUGGUGGAGGACAUCUUCCACGGCACGUACGGCAGCUUCCUCAUCUGCGACCUGGCGGCGGCGCGCUUUGGCUACACAGACGGCCACGAGCUGCGUCUCACCGACCCCCGGACCGUCGUGCCCGAGAGCCAGUUCCGGCGCAGCAUGCGGGCGCUCCGCUGCGAGGCGGAUGCCGACUGCGUGUACGGGACGGACUGCCGGACCACGUGUGACACGGCAAGCAAACGCUGCAGGGAGGAGCCGGUGCGGCCCAAUUUGGCCAAAGCCUGCGGCGUGCUGAAGGACUACCUCCUGAAGGGGGCGCCGUCGGCGCUGAGGGAGGAGCUGGAGAGGCAACUGCACGCCUGCAUGGCCCUCAAGGGGAGCGCCGGACAAAUGAACAUGGAGCACUCACUGCUUCUCAACAACCUGAAGGCUCUGCUGUGGAGACAAAUAUCCCACACUAAGGACUCAUGAGCAGGACGAUGAGGAGGAACGUUCAAGUUCUGCCUCGGUGAGACACACGGCUCUCAGUUCACAGACGGUCCUGUUAUCACAAAGCUGCCUUUAGUCAGACUGAGAAUACACAACGUAGAUCAGGGCUCUCAAAACUAGAUCUACCCAGGACUGCUAAGGUCAUACUUGCCAACCCUCCCGGAUUUUCCGGGAGACUCCUGAAAUUCAGCGCCUCUCCCGAAAACCUCCCGGAAGAAAUUUUCUCCCGAAAAUCAGCGGCGCUGGAGACCACGCCCCCUCCAGCUCCAUGAAGACCUGAGUGGGGACAGCCUGUUUUCACGUCCGCUUUCCCACUAUAUAAACAGCUUGCCUGCCCAAUCACGUUACAACAUAUACGGAUAUUAAUAAAAAACUGCACACACAAGGAGACGAAGCAGAACGAGGAUGUUAAAGCCGUCUGUAAUAGUGAUUCUAUGUUGUCUGUCGCCAUCUCCUGGUGAAUGUUGGCUAUAGCGUUAUGGGGUUGCUUUUUGAUUGGCCAACGAUUUACGUGGUGUUGUGCACCUGAAGGCAAGUGACUCUCGCCAGUACGCAAAUGGUAGAACAAAAGUUACUCAAAUAGUGAGUUAAGUGUUGUUAUUUUUCUUAGUAACCAGCAAGUACAGUACAGUUAGUAGAACUGUGUUUUUAUUACUGUGUAUUUGAUAGGUGCCAUCUGAAAUUCAACUAUUUAUUUAUAAAUAUAUAAUAAAAUAAAUAUAUAUAGCUAGAAUUCACUGAAAGUCAAGUAUUUAAUGUAUGUAUGUAUAUAUAUAUAUAUAUGAAAUACUUGAGAUGGUGAAUUAUACUCCUCCCCUCUUAACCACGCCCCCACCUCCCGUAAUCGGAGGUCUCAAGGUUGGCAAGUAUGGCUAAGGUCUAGUCACCAUUUUACAGUUAGGCACUAUUGAGUUCCUGUCAGAGACAUUUCGCUUGUUUCCAGGACGCUGCCCAAAGUCCUGUCUCUAUCUGCAUCGUUUUUGGAGUUGUGAUUCUAUCCUGCUGGAUUCAAGACUGCCAGAGGCUGUUUAACCAUGAUCCACCAAGGGUGCAUGGGCUGCAGUUACACUGAACUAUCAGGUUAGGUGGAGGGCUUUAAGACAAUAUGGGCCUGCGAACUGUGGAUAAAAAUGGGCCUGCACACUGCAAGUAAACGUGGGUCACAAGUACAUAUGGGCCUUCAAGCCGCGAGUAAAUGUGGGCCACAAAUAGAUAAGGGCCUACGAACGGUAGACAGGUAUAGGCCUGCGAGCGGUAGACAAAUAUGGGCAUGUGGACAAGAAGUAAACAUGGGUCACAAGUAGAUAUGGGCCGGUGAACCAUGGUAAAUUAUGGGAUUUUUGGGUAACAAGUACAUAUGGGCCUGCAAGCCACGGAUAUAUCUGGGCUAAAAAUAGAUAUGGACCACAAGUAUAUAAGGGCAUGCGAGCGAGAAGUAAACAUGGGUUGAAAGUAGAUAUGAUCUUGUGAACCGUGGAUGUUUAUGGGAUUUUUGGGUCACAAAUAGAUAUGGGCCUGUGGUCUACAAGUAAAUAUAGGCCUGCAGGAUGAGAAGUAAACAUGGGUCACAAGUAAGUUAAAGUACCAAUGAUUGUCACACACAUACUACAUGUGGCGAAAUUAUUCUCUGCAUUUGACCCAUCACCCUUGAUCACCCCCUGGGAGGUGAGGGGAGCAGUGGGCAGCAGCGGUGCCGCGCCCGGGAAUCAUUUAUGGUGAUUUAACCCCCAAUUCCAACCCUCGAUGCUGAGUGCCAAGCAGGAAGGUAAUGGGUCCCAUUUUUAUAGUCUUUGGUAGAUAUGGUUUUGUGAACUGUGGAUAAUUAUGGGGGUUUUGGGUCGCAAGUAGUUAUGGGCCUGUGGUCUACAAGUAAAUAUGGGCCUGCUGGACGAGAAGUAAACAUGGGCCACAAGUAGAUAUGGGCCUGUGAACCGUGGUAAAUUAUGGGAUUUUUGGGUAACAAGUACAUAUGGGCCUGCAAGCCAUGGAUAUAUAUGGGCCAAAAAUAGAUAUGGACCACAAGAACAGUAUACAAGGGCAUGUGAGCGAGAAGUAAACAUGGGUUGAAAGUAGAUAUGAUCUUGUGAACUGUGGAUAUUUAUGGGAUUUUUGGGUCACAAAUUGAUAUGGGCCUGUGGUGUACAAGUAAAUAUGGGCCAGCGUUCCAUGGACAAAUAUGGGCCUGCAGGAUGAUUAAGUAAACAUGAGUCACAAGUAAGUUAAAGUACCAAUGAUUGUCACACACAUACUACAUGUGGCGAAAUUAUUCUCUGCAUUUGACCCAUCACCCUUGAUCACCCCCUAGAAAGUGAGGGGAGCAGUGGGCAGCAGUGGUGCCGCGCCCGGGAAUCAUUUAUGGUGAUUUAACCCCCAAUUCCAACCCUCGAUGCUGAGUCCCAUUUUUAUAGUCUUUGGUAGAUAUGGUUUUGUGAACUGUCGAUAAUUAUGGGGGUUUUGGGUCGCAAGUAGUUAUGGGCCUGUUGUCUACAAGUAAAUAUGGGCCUGCUGGACGAGAAGUAAACAUGGGUCACAAGUAGACAUGGGCCUGUGAACUGUGGAUAAAAAUGGGAUUUUUGGGUUGCAAGUAGUUAUGGGCCUGUGGUCUUCAAGUAAAUAUAGGCCUGCAGGCGUGAAGUAAACAUGGGUCACAAGUAAAUAUGGGUCUGCUAGCCACGGAUAAAUAAGGGCAAAAAUUAGAUAUGGACCACUAGUAUAUCAGGGCAUGCGAUCCUCAGGUAAAUUUGGGCCUGCAAGCUGCAAGUAGAUUUGGGCUACUUGUAAAAUAUGGGGUACAAGUAGUUAAGGCUGGGGUCACCAACGCGGUGCCCGCGGGCACCAGGUCGCUCAGAGGGACCAGAUGAGUCGCCCGCUGGCCUGUUCCAAAAAUAGCUCAAAUAGCAGCACUUACCAUUGAGCUGCCUCUAUUUUAUUUUAUUUUAUUUAUAUACUAGCAAAGCUGGUCUCGAAUUGCUCGACAUUUUUAAUUCUAAGAGAGACAAAACUCAAAUAGAAUUUGAAAAUCCCAGGAAAUAUUUUAAACACUUGUUCUUCACGUGUUGAAAUAAAUUAAUUAUUUUUUUUACUUUGCUCCUUAUAACUUUCAGAAAGACAAUUUUAGAGAAAAAAUACAACCUUAGAAAUGAUUUUAGGACUUUUAAACACAUAUACCAUUUAAAUUCCUUCCUCUUCUUUCCCGACAAUUUAAAUCAAUAUUCAAGUAUUUUUUUUAAUUGCAAAGAAUAAUAAAUACAUUUUAAUUUAAUUCUUCAUUUUAGCUUGUUUUUUCGACAAAGAAUAUUUGUGAAAUAUUUCUUCAAACUUAUUAUGAUUAAAAUUAAAAAAAAAUAUUUGUCUUUGUUAGAAAUAUAACUUGGUCCAAUUUGUUAUAUCUUCUAACGAAGUGCAGAUUGGAUUUUAACCCAUUUAAAACAUGUCAUUUUAAUUCUAAAAUAAUCUUAAUCAGGAAAAUUACUAAUGAUGUUUCAUAAAUUCAAAUUUUUUCUAAAAGAUCCGAAUUAGCUAGUUUUCUUCUUCUUUUUUUUCGGUUGAAUUUUAAAGAGUCGAAAUACAUUUAUAAAAAUAUUAAUCUGUUUCUAUAUAUAUUUGUGAGAAAUCAUUCAGAUGAUCCGUGUUUCCACAAAGAUAAAUAUCAUUAUUAAUAAUAACAGAGUUAUAAAGGUAAAUUGAACAAAUUGACUAUUUCUGGCAAUUUAUGUGUGUAUCAAACUGGUAGCCCUUCGCAUUAAUCAGUACCCAAGAAGUAGCUCUUGGUUUCAAAAAGGUUGGUGACCCCUGAGUUAAGGGCACGUGGACUGCAAGUACAUUUGGGCCUGCAGGCAGUGAGCAACUAUGGCCUGCGAGUUUGAAACCCCUGACCAAGCUGAAUGCUGACGUACUAAAUUUCUUGCAUUUACCAGUGGGCGUGUCCUCCAAUAACAGCAGCAACAUGCUUUGUCAACACACCGACAGAAUAUUUUAGUAGCUGGCAGACUCACCGGGACAUUCCAGUCAUAUUCUGUUUUCACUUGUUUAUGAGAUAUGAAAGAUCUAGUUUAAUACGACCACUUUUGACCAAUCCAGAAUGAAAAAGCAGUAAGACUGGUUCUUACAACCACAUUUAUCAUUGCCUUUUUUUGUGGUGAGUUCACUGACAUCCGACUUGUGGACUCUACACCCAGUGGGACGUUUAGGUGUUGCUAAGCAACCCAGUGGUCACACCCACAGAGAAGAAGCACAUUUAUUACCUGGUGACAGUGCAGAAGGUGUUGCUCCUGCGAUGCAUUCAUCCAUCCAUUUUGUACCGCUUGUCCCUUGUGGGGUGGCGGGAGGGUGCUGGAGCCUAUCUCAGCUGCAUUGGGGCGGAAGGCGGUGUACAGCCUGGACAAGUCGCCACCUCAUCGCAGCUCCUGCUAUGCAUGUUUGGAUGUUAGUAAGUUGUGUAUUAGAGAAUGUUAGAACCUAUCUCAGUGCCAUAGAACACAUGCUGGAAUCACCUGAUGAAUGUUUUAUAUUGAACAAGAUCUUGAACGACUCGCCGACAUGAAGUACCGUAUUUCCUUGAAUUGCCGCAGGGCAUAUAGUAUGCGCCUGCCUUGGAUUACUCACUUCCCAAAAUAAUUAGCGCAUGCUUAGUAUUACAGCCGGGUCAAACUCGUGACACUUCCCCUGUCAUUAUUUUCAAAAUAAAGGAGGCUGAUUUCAAUACCGGUAAUUUGAAAUCGCAUAAAGGGAAGAAGAUUAAGAGCUAUUCAGUAGGAUUUAGGGUCCAAGCUUACAUCACACUCAAAUUUUUACUCCAUACCUUUGGUAAGUGCCGGAGUGAGAAGAGGUUUUAAAACAAUUAGCGCAUGCUUAAUUUUACUGCAUGCCUUUGAUAAGCGCAGGAGUGAGAAGAGGUUUUAAAUUAAUUAGCGCCCCGGCGGAAAUUCAAGGAAAUACGGUAACUUUUGAACCUUGGAAAACGUGCAAUGAGCAGAAUGUGUGCUCACCACUGCUGUGUAAAAACUAAAAACACUUGCACUAUUUUGCUGUCACAACACAUGCCUUUCUUUUGUUUUUCAGUCGUUGAGUGGAAGGCCACAACAUGUUUGAAGGGACCAACGUGAAUGAACCAAGUAUAAGAUACAAAAGUGGAGUUUGUAAUAAAUUUAUUAGCCGUGCGCUAACCGUCCCCGGCCUCGUGCUCUUGCGCUCGUAAGAAGCUGGCUUUUUUCUGGGCGACGCGGUUCUUCCUCUGCGCCAGAGACAACUUGGCGCGAUUCCACCUGCGCGGAAAGAGGAUCCAUUAGUAUUCAAAAGGGACGAGAAGCCUGCCGGUAAUUUCUUUGACUAAGUGUUUGAUAUGUGAGGCAUGCACUUGUGGACUUUACAGCAAAUAAAUCAAACCCCACCUUUUCUUCUGGA